AACACAACUCUUGUAAUUUUGUGACAUUAUUUAGUAUAACACCCCUAUAUUUUGCUUAUACGCAAAUUCCUCUUCAAUAAUCGUCCUUUCAGUGCACACAAGCUCAGUAUUGGUUGAUUCUUACAUCAAAGCAAUCGCCACGAAAAGGGUUCAGCUUCUAGUUUUGCUUUCUCCUCGCAGAUUGGUCAUAAUUUAGAUAUGUCUUCAUAAUAAAAAAAAAAAACGUUCGUAUCACGAAAUAGUCAAGUUUACAUGUAUUCUUGAAGGCAUCAUAGCGUCCCUGCCAUUCCAUUUAACUUUGACCUUUAAAUCACAUGCUCGGGGAUUUCCACUUCCUAAUAUCAAAGCAUUAAAUAAAUAAUACCGAGACUGGCACUAAUUAGAAGUUGUUUUUUCCUCACAGUGUAAACAGCAGUUUUUAUUCUGACCAGUCUAUGUUGUAUGUUUUAUUCAGUACAAAAAAAGCGAGUUUCCCUCUUGGAUGUUUGGCAUGUCUGUGACAUUUGAGCAUUUGAGUCCCAUCUAUUUUUGUCACAGCUCCUGCUUGAGGGUUGGACUCUUUACAGAGCUGCUUUGUCAGACACUACUUCUGGUUUUGACAUGGUUGUUUAGAACUGACUGGCUUGCUGGAUUAUUAAGUCACUGUCCUCAUGGACCUGUAUGAGAUCAGAGGAGGCAGACUGGAUGUGAUUGCAGAGGAAGGUGAGCUGAGCAGAGAGUCGACCACCAUGGAGACGUACAACGUGGCGGCAGGUAGCGGAGCGAGGACUGCUCGAGAUGUUUCCACCUUCCAGAGGUUCUCCAUCGGCACCAACGAGUCCCUUCGCUUUGAGCCCUGUGAGGCCAGCACUCCAUCUCCCACUGGAGCAGAAGAUGGAUGUGGUGAUGAUGAUGAUGAUGAUGAUGUGUUUAAGGAGGAAGACACUGAGAGUGAGAUCAACUCGAUCAGGAAUCGGCUGCAGGGGAAGGUUGUGGAGAUGGAGAACUUUGCGGGUCAUCUGGAGGAAAUCUUUCUCACUGUGGAGGAGAAUUUUGGCCGUCAGGAGCAGCACUUGGAGCAGCACUACAACGACGUUUUACAGACGCUGUCUCAGAGAUACGACGAGAGGGGGGCUGCACUGGAGGAGGAGAAGAAGAGCAAGUUGGAGGCUCUGUACAAGCAGCUGCUGGCUUGUGGCCGGGCGCUGGAUUCCUCCAAGGAGCUCAUCGAGUCGGCUCAGGAGGUCUACCGCAGCCAGGACAAGAGGCUUUUCCUCAAGACAGUUAUGCCCACUGUUAAGAGGAUCGAGGAGUACGCCAAAGAGGACCCUGACCUCACGUUGGCAACACGUCUUGAAUUCAACACGCCACUCGCCGACCUGUCAGAUGUCAAAACCAUGAUGGACUCCAUCAACGUCGUUCCAGCUCCAUCUGCCCCAGUAAUCAACCCCCAGAUGCCCAACUCUGCCACCCAGACGUCCCUGCGCGUUUGCUGGAGCUUGUUCUCUGAUGACACGGUUGAGUACUACGAGCUUUACUACAGACCGGUGCUGGAGGACACGCCGGCAGACAGCACCUGUGCGCCACACGAAAGCAAGGUAAAAGUGAAGGAGACCCACUGCACUGUGACAGAUCUGCUGCCCAACGCUCAGUAUGAGCUCUGGGUGACGGCGACCAACACCACCGGCAUCAGCCCGGCCAGCGAGAAGGCCUUAUACAUGACAGUGCCGUCGCCUCCGGUGAUCAAGCAGAGGGAGUGUACGAGCUGUCCAGAGGCCGCUCUGAUCCGCUGGGACUCAGGAAACACCAACCCUGUGGACUCGUACACCGUGGAGCUCAGUGAGACGGAGACCGACGGCACAGAGAGCAGCAUCACCGAGUCUAUAGUGGCCGUUCCCAGCUGUCAGUGUCUGAUCCAGCUGCAGGCAGGACGACGUUACCUCAUCUCUGUGAGAGCGGUAAACAUAGGCGGGCCCAGCGACAGGAGCGAAGUCAUUACUGUUUCCACAACAGGUACAUUCUUCCACCUCCUGGAGGACACUGCUCAUCCCUGCCUGUCGAUCUCUGAGGACGGCUUCACCAUCUUCUACGGAGAUGAGGAACUGCCUAUAAGUGCUAUGGCCUUAGAUGACAACACUUUCUUUACUAGAUGUGUGGCUGUUCUGGGGGAUCUGAUACCAGUGCGAGGAAGGCACUACUGGGAGGUGGAGGUGGAUGACGGGACGGAGUUUCGUAUCGGCAUCGCAUACGAGGACACAGAGAGGAACGCCUACCUCGGGGCCAACAGUAGCUCCUGGUGUAUGAGACACAUCCUCAGUCCAACCAGGCAUAAAUAUGAGUUUCUGCACAACGGUUGGAGUCCUGACUUGAGGAUCACGGUGAACCCGGUGCGGAUCGGAGUGGCACUCAACUACGACAGGGGCACUCUGUCCUUCUUUAACGUGAACUUGGAGCAGCACCUCCACACCUUCCAAUGUAACUUCCAAAGUCACGUUCAACCCUGUUUUAGUCUGGACAACCCAGGAGCUCUUACUGUGCACAACGGCAUAGAAGCUCCCGAGUAUGCAUUCAUGUGACGCCACAAAUCAUCUCCAUCGCAGUAUUUACAGAAAAUAAAUCCUACAGCAAGUAGGACAUUAAAUAGAUGUUUUAAUACUUACCAAAAUGCUGGAUGACAUCCCAGAUAUUAAAAACCUGGGCAUUGUGAGCACCCAUAUUUAUCAACAGUAACAAAUGCAGCACCUUCACCAGAAAAAACUAAGUUAAUUUCAGUUGUUUUUAUUAUAGUAUUCCAUGGGAACAGGCAUACACCAUUUUCCAAGAUAAGAAAAGGUUUCACUGAAUUGUACAAUAUGUAUUUAAACUGCAGCAGUCCAGGUGUUGGUGUUCAAAAGGGGAAAUAAGGGGCGUGAUUUCGAUUAACAAAAACUGCAUUGAAAAAAAAAGAAAUAAAAGUAUUUCAAGAAAAACAAAAUUAAUUUGUAGUUAUUAUACAGUCGUAUUCACAUGUUUAAAA